AUGGAUUUCUGGAAGCGAGACGAUGACGCUUGUGUGUCUGACAAUGAUUACGAUGGAGAACAUUUUGGGGCUCGUGUGAGUGCAGUGUUUGUGGUCUUGGUAGCUUCGUUCUUUGGAGCUUACUUCCCUAUCCUGUCCUCUAGAUACUCCUUUAUUAGACUGCCACCAUGGUGUUUCUUCAUUGCCAAGUUCUUUGGAUCUGGAGUUAUUGUGGCUACUGCUUUUAUCCAUUUGUUGGAGCCUGCUAGUGAUGCCUUGGGUGAAGAGUGUUUGGGAGCACCAUUCACAGAGUAUCCUUUGGCCUUUGGUAUCUGUCUUAUCACGCUUAUGGUGAUGUUCUUUGCCGAGUUGCUUGUCUACAAAUGGAUGGAGAACAAGUUUGAAGGAACCAGCCAAGGCGGAGAGCACAUGCACUCUCAUUUCGGCGAGACUGACCUGUUUGUGAAAAAAGAAAAGGAAGACGACGAGGUCAAGAGUGAAAGCGACCAUGACUACGUGCGCGAAGCCGAGGUCGACUCCCCCGUCAACGACAACCGUUCUGAGAACAAGUCUACUAAUUUAUUUGAUUCUAGUCACCACUUUGACCACAAGAAUCACCACCAAGACCCAGAGGUUAUUGGUACUCUUGCUCAAGACUCUGAGAAAGAGUCUUACUAUGGACAAUUAUUGAACGUUUUCAUUCUGGAAUUCGGUGUGAUCUUCCACUCCGUCUUCGUUGGUCUGACUCUGUCCGUUUCCGGAGACGAGUUUGUCAAUCUGUACAUUGUUAUUGUGUUCCACCAGCUUUUUGAAGGUCUUGGUCUCGGAACUAGAAUCGCCAUGAUUAAUUGGGAUAAGAACAGAAGAUUCACUCCAUGGAUCCUUGCUGCUGCUUACGGUGUCUGUACCCCGAUCGCUAUUGCCAUUGGUCUGGGUGUGCGUAAGACCUAUCCUCCAAACUCCCGUACUGCUCUCAUCACCAACGGAGUGUUCGACUCCAUCUCGGCCGGUAUUCUGGUGUACACCGGACUGAUCGAGCUGAUGGCCCACGAGUUCCUGUUCAGCGACGAGUUCAAGGGCAAGGAGAAUAUGAAGAAGAUGGUCCUCGCUUACGUGGUGAUGUGCACAGGCGCAGGCCUGAUGGCUCUUCUUGGUGGAUGGAUCAACUCCCUCGGCCGGGAACUCCUGGAUCUUGACAUCGAAUCUUUCCUGGAUCUUGUUCAAGAUCUCCUGGUCCUGUUCGUUGGACACAAACGACACAGAAAGUCCCUUGGUACCGAAUCUACCUGCUCUUCCGACUCUGUGCAAGUACUGGUCGGCCUCGCUAGGAAGAUCGUAGUUGAUGGCCAGGUUGAUUCUCUCGAUAUCGAUACCUCUUCCAAACACGUCGGUAGAGACACAUAUUCUCUUGUUGUACUCCUUGAACAGCUUGUAUCUGGCGAUUCUCUCCUCCUGUGGAAUACCGGAGUGCACCACGAUGGAUGGGAAGUUGGAGUCGCACAACAGCUUGUUCAAUGCAGUGGCUCUUUUGGUCGACUUGACAAAGAUGAUCACCUGGUUGAACUCCAACGAGUCCAACAGCUCUGCAAGCUUCAAGUUCUUCUUCUCCUCUGGCAAGUUGAUGUAGUAUUGUUGCAAACCGUGCAGAGUGAGCUUCUUCUCGUCGUCAACGUAGAUCUCCAAUGGGUUCUUCAUGAACUUCUUGCAGAUAGGUCUGAUUUCCUGGGAAAGCGUGGCAGAGAACAUCAUCACCUGUUUCUGGAAUGGAGUGGCUCUGAACACCUCCUGGACGUCUCUUCUCAUGUCGACCUGCUCAAGAACCUGGUCACACUCGUCAAUCACAAAGUUCUUCACGUUGUUGAGUCUGAUCAGCUUGUCUCUCACAAGGGCGUUCAAUCUACCCGGAGUACCGACCACAAUGUGUGGACAAGUAUCCUUAUUCUUGAGUUUCUCGGCGUCUUGCUUGAUGUUGACACCUCCGUAAAACACCUCAGUCUUCACCUCUGGCAUGUACUUGGAGAAUCUAGCGUACUCGUUCUUAAUCUGGUAGGCCAAUUCUCUGGUAUGACAAAUCACGAUGGUGGAAAUCUCGCCUGGAGUUGGAUCCAGCUGUUGCAGGGUCGACAACACGAAAACCGCAGUCUUACCAAGACCAGACUUGGCUUGACAAAGAACAUCGUUACCCAAGAUGGAUUGUGGGAUACAGGCCUGUUGGACUGA